CGGUCACCCCUCUGCAGCGCCGCAAUAUAGCCCGGCCCGGGGAGAGGGGGCGGUGACCGGACUUGAAAGGCCGGCCUUCGAGUUGAAGGCGGGAAAAUGGCGGAUUCCUCGGGGCGCGGUGCCGGGAAGCCUUCCUCAGGGGGUCCCAGUACUCCUAGUGGCACCAGGACAAAAGGAAGAAGAGCACAAGGUGGAAGAGUGGUCGAGUCCCGGUACCUGCAGUAUGAGAAGAAACCCACCAAAAAGGCUUCUGCAGCAGAUGCAUUAAAGACCAGUGGGAAGAUGCCUGAAGGUGGAAGGAAACCCCACCCACUCCAUAAGAGCAAAGAUGGCUGUAGACUCGGCAAAGGUGACCUGCAGUCCACGUUGCUAGAAGGGCACGGCACAGCCCCGCCUGAUCUGGAUCUCUCGGCCAUCAACGACAAAACUAUGAUCAGAAAGACUCCACAGUUAGAAAAAACAGUGUCCAAGAAAACUGAGUCGACGUCAUUUUCUGCCUCGAGGAAAAAGAGCCCCGAUCUUUCUGAAGCGAUGGAGAUGAUGGAAUCCCAAACCUUACUCCUGACUCUCCUGACUGUAAAGAUGGAGAACAGUCUCGCUCUGUUCGAAGAGAAGGCAGAAAGGAAUUUAUUAGUAAUGUGCGAAGAGAAGGAGAAGCUACAGAGAAAGGCCCACGAGCUGAAGCGCAAACGUCUCCUCUGUCAGAGGAAGCGGGAGCUGGAAGGCAUCCUUGACGCUCAGAUGGAGAUGCUCAGCCCCUACCAGGCCGUAGCUGAACGCUUUAAGGAGCAGUACAAGACAUUUGCAACAGCCCUGGACGCCACAAGGCAUGAGCUGUCUGUGCGAUCGGUCCACAUGGACGGAGACGGGCAGCGGUUUUUAGAUGAUUUGCAGCGGGAAUUGACGACCACCCACCAUCUGCUGGGAGAACUUGGCAUCAGCAGUUCAGAAGAAAAUGGGAAAGUGCUUGACCUGCUGAGUGAACUCAAGGAAUUGACACGAAAGAAGGAUCUGGAGCUCCGAAGGAGCUUUGCCCAGGUGCUGGAACUUUCUGCCGAGGUGAGUAAAGAGGCAGCCUUAACUAACCAGGAGGUCUGGGAAGAGGUCCAGGGCCCCACAGCCCCCACCCAGUGGUAUUUCAAUCAAGAAGGCGCCUGCGGGGAGACUCAGGACGAGGGCAGGGGCCCCCUCCUCUACAGCAACGACGAGCCACGUGCGCAGUGA